AUGGGAGAUGGUGGGAGGCGGGAGGCCAAGCUCUGGGUGACGCGCGGCACUCACGUGACCUACUGGGCGCAGACCAUGGCACCAGUCCGGGAGCCUUCACGCCCGCCCUCUCCGUGGUCGGGUCCCGGCGCUGUCUGCUAUCUGAGCUGCCUGCCCAGGCGGCAGGAAAGCAGGCUUCAGGUAGCCGGAGGAGCCGCUGAUCUCCCCGAGGCCAAGCAAGUCAGCAUAACUGGGCGCCACAGGCGGCCCCUGGGCUGGGGUGGAGGAGGGUCAGGGGAGUGGGAUCCAGAAGCAGCCGGGAAGGCUGUGGGGGAGGGAGGACCUUUCAGUGGGUCCGGCCCGCCUUCUCAACACCCCAGCCUCUGUGCCCCCAGGCAUUUUAAAGCCAGAAAAGGACUGCACAUCUGUUGUUCCCAGCACCCUGGGAGGCUAGAAAAAGAAGAGGAACUUGCCCAGAAUCCUUGCAGGUCAUUGGGGGAUGGAGGUGGGGCUGGACAGGAUAAGGAUUGGAAAUCUCAACACCAAGAACUCUACAAUGAAAAUGAAGGAAUGCUGGAAGAGGAGGGAAAGCCAGAAGAUGUAGUAGAAUCUGAAGGUGAAGGAGAGUCAGAGGAGGAAGAAAAGCUGGAAGUGGAGGGGAAGCCAAAUAAUGAAGGCCAAUCAGAAGAUGAGGGAAAGCAAGAAAAGCAGGGAAAGCCAGAAGAUGCAGGAAAACCACAAGGGGACGGCAAGCUGAAACCUGAGGGAAAGCCAGAGAGCCAGCCAGGGGCUGCUGCAAAGCACCCAGCUGAAGAUUAUAUGCCCAGGAAAGCUAAAAGAAAAACAGACAGGGGGAUGGACGAUUCCCCCAAGGACUAUCAGGAGGACUUACAGGAAAGGCAUUUGAGCAGUGAGGAGAUGAUGAGAGAACAUGGUAAUAUGUAAAGGGCUCAGGAAGAGCCAAGGGAAUAACAGAAAAUGGGUGGUUUUCACUGGAUGCAAAGAGAUGUACAGGAUCCUUUCUCCCCAGGGGGCCAAUGGGGAGUCAGGGGAGUGAGGGGCAGAGGUAGGGGCCAUGACAUCUCAUACCUUUAA